GGCUGCCGUGCGUGAGAACUCCUGCCGGUGUGGCCUUUUGCGGGCUGCCGUUGUCUGGCCCAGCCCCGCUCCCCGCGUCGCGAUACCGGCGCUGGAGGAGGAGCUUGGAGCGGGUCUGUAGCGGUGGCGGUGCGCAGGAUCGGUCCCCUGAGGGAGGGACGCAGCGCUGGGACGUUUUAACCGGUGGGGGGAACGUAAGGGUCUCCUGGCGUGCAGCCUCAGUGCGUACCGGAGCCACCUGCCUUUCCCCGUCCGGAGUUCAUGUAACAGCCUGGAGACUGUAGGGAAGGGUAUCCUGAGGUGGCAUGGAAGGGAACAGGCCUUCCUGUCGCACGUUUGUGUAGUUACUGCCUUGCUCGUCUUAGCUGUGCUGUGGAGGAUUGCACUUGCCUGGGGAGGUGGUAGCUGCCCUGUUAGCACACAGCAGCUCUCCAUCCCUUCCUUCUGCUUCUUGCUAAUGAUGCGGGGCAUGUUGCACCCACCUUGCAGCUGAUGGUUUGUCUCACGCUGACAGAGCCAUGUGGUGGAUAAGCUGGAAACCAGUCUGCUGCUGUGGCACUGUGCUGUAAGCCUGUCUGUUACAGGAAAAAGGAUCAUGGAUUUUCCGGGACACUUUGAGCAAAUCUUUCAGCAGCUCAACUACCAGAGGCUUCAUGGCCAGCUUUGCGACUGCGUCAUUGUGGUGGGAAACAGGCAUUUCAAAGCCCAUCGCUCUGUCUUAGCAGCAUGUAGUACGCAUUUCCGAGCUCUCUUUACUGUAGCAGAAGGAGAUCAAACCAUGAAUAUGAUUCAGCUGGAUAGUGAAGUGGUGACAGCAGAAGCUUUUGCUGCUCUCAUAGACAUGAUGUACACUUCCACACUUAUGCUUGGAGAGAGCAACGUUAUGGAUAUCUUGCUGGCUGCAUCUCACUUGCAUUUAAACUCUGUUGUUAAAGCAUGCAAACACUACCUUACUACCAGGACACUGCCAAUGUCUCCACCAAGUGAUAGGGUUCAAGAGCAAAAUGCACGCAUUCAAAGGUCUUUCAUGCUUCAGCAGCUUGGGCUGAGCAUUGUGAGCUCUGCAUUAAAUUCCACUCAGAGCUCAGAGGAACAGCCAAGCACUAUGAGUUCCUCAAUGAGAAGCAACAUAGAACAGCGCUCUACUUUUCCUAUUCGCCGUCUUCACAAGCGUAAACAGUCUUCUGAAGAUCGGGCCAGGCAGCGAAUGAGGCCUGCCAUAGAUGAGGCUGUUUCUGACGUGGCUCCUGAGAGCGGGCAGUCUGUUGUUCAUUCACGGGAGGAUUUCUUUUCACCAGAUUCACUGAAGAUAGUGGACAACUCUAAGGCUGAUGCUGUCACCGAUAACCAGGAAGAUAAUAAUAUUAUGUUUGAUCAGUCUUUCAGUGCUCAGGAAGAUACUCAAGUGCCCAGUCAGUCUGACAACAGUGGAGGAAACAUUUCACAGAUGUCCAUGGCAUCGCAGGCAACACAAGUGGAAACCAGCUUUGACCAGGAGGCUACAUCUGAGAAAAACAACUUCCCGUGUGACAAUCCAGAGGUUAGCAUAAAUGAAAAAGAGCACAUGAGGGUGGUGGUUAAAUCUGAGCCCUUGAGUUCCCCGGAGCCUCAGGAUGAGGUGAGUGAUGUCACUUCCCAAGCAGAAGGCAGUGAGUCUGUUGAAGUGGAAGGAGGAGUUGUGAGUGCAGAGAAGAUAGAGCUGAGUCCUGAGAGCAGUGAUCGUAGCUUUUCUGAUCCGCAGUCUACUACAGAUAGGGUGGGAGAUAUCCAUAUUAUGGAGGUGUCAAAUAACCUGGAACACAAGUCUACUUUCAGUAUCUCAAAUUUUCUGAAUAAAGGCAGAGGUGGCAGCUAUGGUGCUAGUCAAAAUACUGAUGACAACAUUCCAAACACAACGAGUGACUGCAGAAUGGACAGUGAUGCUUCUUUCCUGAUGAGUCCAGAGACAGGGCCUGCUGGUGGUCAUUCAUCUGCCACAGUCUCUCAUGUUGAGAAUCCGUUCAGUGAGCCUGCAGAAUCCCAUUUUGUUAGACCAAUGCAGGAUGUGAUGGGUCUUCCCUGUGUACAGACGUCUGGGUAUCGGGCUGCGGAACAGUUUGGUAUGGACUUCCCAAGGUCAGGCUUGGGCCUGCAUUCUUUGUCAAGGGCAAUGAUAGGCUCUGUAAGAGGAGGAGCCAGUAGCUUUCCUGGGUACCGCCGCAUAGCCCCCAAAAUGCCUGUUGUAACCUCCGUCAGGAGCUCCCAGCUGCAGGAUAACUCACCUAGUUCCCAGCUGAUCAUCAAUGGGACCACUUCUUUUGAAAACGGGCAUCCUUCGCAACCUGGUCCUCCACAGUUGACACGGGCAUCUGCAGAUGUUCUUUCAAAAUGUAAGAAAGCCUUAUCUGAGCACAAUGUCUUGGUUGUAGAAGGUGCACGCAAAUAUGCAUGUAAGAUCUGCUGCAAGACUUUUUUGACCUUAACAGACUGUAAGAAACACAUCCGUGUGCACACAGGAGAGAAGCCUUAUGCCUGCCUGAAGUGUGGCAAACGGUUCAGCCAGUCCAGCCACCUUUAUAAACAUUCCAAAACAACAUGCCUGAGGUGGCAGAGUAGCAACCUACCUAGCACUUUGCUUUAACUGCUAGCACCUCCCAGCCUGAACGAGAGUGCCAGUACAAACUCUUAACUCUCUGAAGCACUGCAGGAGCAUUAACACUAUUUUGCUCAAGCUAAGAAGCUGCUUUCGUAGGUCUGUGAACAGUUGUGUGUGGUUAUGCCACACACAAAAGUCUUGAUUCUAUAAAUUGGGGAUAAUACCUUACCUACCUCACAGGGGUGUUGUGAGGAUUAGACAACUAUUAGCAAAUAACUUUGAGGUCCUCAGAAGUCUGUAGAUCUGUAAAACAUUAUUGUUAUGUACACGCAGGCCUGGGGCUCAAUGGGGAUACGGUCCCUACAACAAAUUUCCUUUGCAAAACGGAGGGGUGGGGUUGAGUGAGAGUGUAGUUGUCUCACAGAAUCAUAGAAUGGCAUGGGUUGGAAGGGACCUUAAAGAUCAUCAAGUUCCAACCUCCCUGACAUGGACGGGGUUGCCACCCACUUGAUCAGGUUGCCUAGGGCCCCAUCCAACCUCCAGGAAUGGGGCAUCCAGAACGUCUGUGGGCAGCCUGUUCCAGUGCCUCACCACCCUCAAUAGUGAAAAUUUUCUUCCUAAUAUCUAAUCUAAACCUGCUCUCUUUUAGUGUAAAGCCAUUACUCCAUGUCCUACCAUUACACUCCCUGAAGAAAAAUCCCUCCCAAGGUUUCCUGUAGGGCUCUCUAGGUAUUAGCUGCAGUGAGAUAUCUCUGGAGCCUUCUCCAGGCUGAACAAGCCCAGCUCUCAGCCUGUCUUUGUAGGAGAGGUGCUCCAGUCCUCUGAUCAUCUUUGUGGCCUUCUCUGGACCCGCUCAAACUGCGCUAUGUCUUUCUUGUGCUGGGGAUGCCAGGCCUGAAUAAAAUACUCCAACUGGGGCCUCAGGAGGGCAGAGCAGAGGGGGACAGUCCCCUCCCUGCCCUGCUGCCACCCCCUUGUUGAUGCAGCCCAGGACACAGCUGGCCAUCCGGGCUGCAGGCACACACUCCUGGCUCAUGCCCAGCUUUCCGCCUACCAGGAGCCCAAGUCCUUCUCUGCAGGGCUGCUCUCAAGGAAUUCUGUCCAGUCUGUUCAUGUGUCUGGGGUUGCCUCUCCCAGUGUGCAUCUUCUUGCCCUUGACCUUGUUGAACCUCAUUAGGUUCAUGUGUGCUCCAUUUUCAAGCUUGUUCAGGUCCUUUUGGAUGGCAUCCCUUCCUUCUGCUGUGUCAACUGCUCCACUCAGCUUGGUGUCAUCAGCACAUGUGCUGAGGGUACCCUCAAUCCCAGUAUCUAGGUCAUUGAAGAAGAUGUUAAAGAGUGCCGGUCCAAAGAUGGAUCCCUGGGGGAUGUCAUUCGUGGCCGGCCUCCACCUGGACACAGAACAGUGGAUUGCAGCCAUCUGGCUCUGACCAUCCAGCCAAUUCCUUAUCCACUACUAGUCCACCCUUCAGUAUCUAAUUUAGAGAUAAGGAUGUGGUUAAGGACCAUGUCAAAGGCGUUCCAGAAGUACAGACAUUGGUCUUUUUGCUGAUGCUGUCGCUCCAUCAUAAAGGCCACUAGACUGGUCAGGCACAGUCUGCCCUUGUUGAAGCCAUGCUGGCUGUCUCAGAUCACCUCCUUGUCUGGCAUGUGCCUUAACAUAGCUUCCAUGGAGGAUCUGCUGCAUGAUCUUCCCAGGCACAGCUGUGAGGCUCAGCAGCUUCUAAUUCCCUGAAUCUUCCUUUCUGUCCUUAAAAAACGGGUCACCAGUCACUGGGGAUUUCACCUGACAGCAUUGACUAUUCAAAUAUGAUGGAGAGCAACUCAGCAACCACAUCAGCCAGCUCCUUUAGGACCCUGGGAUGCAUGUCAUCUGGUCACAUGGACCUGUACAUAUUCAGUGUCAUCAUGUGGUCUUGAACUUGCUCUUCUCUUACAGUAGGAGGGAUUUUGCUCCCCCCCUCCCCCCACUCCUCCAACUGCUGCCCAGAGGUUAAGGGAUGUGAAGAUUCAGAAAUACAAGAGACAGGGGAAGCCUGGCUGCCAGUGAAGACAGGCCAAGAACUCACUGAGUACCUCAGCCUUCUCCAUCUCUGUUGUAGCCAGUUCUCCCUUCUCCUUACUCAGAGGAGAUACCCUCUCCUUGGCCUGUCUCUUCUGACCUGUGUACCCUUGUUAAUUUUCACAUCCCUCGCCAAGUGCAGUUCCAUCUGUGCCUUGGCUUUUCUGAUCCCAUCUCUGCACAUCGUGACAGCAUCCCUGUAUUCUUCCCAGGCCACACAUCCCUGCUUCCACUGUCUUUGCAUUCCCUUCUUUUCCCUCAGUUUGACCAGUGGGUCCUUGCACAGCCACGAUGGUUUCCUGCCUCCUCUGCUUGAUUUCUUAUACUUGGGGAUGGAGAGAUCUUGCACUCUCAGAAAUGUAUUCUUAAAGAGCUGACAGCUCUGUUUAUUCCUUCUCCCCGCCAGCACAGCUUCCCAGGGGAUCUCUUCCAGUAAUUCCUUAAUUAGCUGAGAGUUCGCUCUCCUGAAGUUCAGAGUCCUGCUCUUCUCCAGGUCCGUGUUCCUCGAGAUCACAAAUUCAACCAGGGCAUGGUCACUCCAGCCCAGGCUGCCUCCAGUCUUAGAAGAGCUCCUCUGCAUUAGGGAGCGCAAGCUCCAGGAACACUUCACUUGUGCUUGGUUUGCCUAAUGCCUGGACCUGGGAGCUGUCCUCCACACAUUCAUGAAGUAACAUGUUUCGAGAAUGAGAAACUGAAGUGCAAAUUUCCUAUUUUUUUUUCUAAAAUAUUUUGUAAAAGUGAAAGCAUUUAAAUAAAUAACCUGCAAAAAUCAAGUUGUUGCAUUAGGUGUGAACAAUAAUGCAAAGAGCUGUUUGCUACAGCCAGUGCAGAUUGCAUAUCUUGAAAAGAAAACCAACUUUGGAUGCAUCUGUCUGACAUAGAAUGCUUUAAAAUAUGCUAAUUAUGAAAAUAGUUUAGGGUUCUGAAUGUAUGUUUGCUUGUUUUGUAGUAAAAAACACUGUGUAAUGAAGGUGCUUAAAUUAAAUCCAAGAAAAGUAAAUUUUGGACUACCAGAUGUAUAUAUACUUGGAAUACUGCAAGAUCUGGAUGUUUCACUGAUAUUUUUCUGUAGAAACUUGUAUUAAGUGAUAAGUGAAGUAUGUUUCUUGUUUGUGCUAUUCUUAGCAGUAUUUUAACCAAUUUGUAUUUCCUAUCUUAAAAUUCCAUAUACACAAAAGUCUGAAAAGAGCUUGUGUUUGUCUGCUUUGUUGUUUUCAAAGAGAGAGGGAGUUUGUGAUGGCAUUUUUUUAGUCUGUAAGGUAGUCUCUUGCUGCUUCCCAACGUGCCGGUAGUCAGUCCAAUCCACACUAUUGCCCAAGCACACUGUUCUGUUUUGGCACUCUUCAGCUUCAGGCUUUAAUUUCCUCCCCCAUUCACUGACUUCCCCUCUCAGCUAUGGAUUGUCCUUCAGAUCAGAGCGGGGGGGGAGGAACCUCAAUUUCCAUGUUUACUUACAUCUCUUGUAAAGUGUAGUUAUCAAAUCCAGUCUUUCUGUUUGAAGUAGUGUCAUAAAUGUACUUUUCUACAAAAAAAAAAAAACCCACAAAAACCCUAGCAUACAUUUAAUUUUAAAAAAAGCACUGUACACUUUGUAAAGCAGAAAUUCAGUGAUCUUUAUUCUUCAAGAGAUCUACGUAAGUCUUGUUAUAAUUUCCUCCUCUUUGACUCCAUUGUGACUAAUAGCGUUUGCAGUCUCUUGCCUUUGUUAAAGGUGCACGUGAACUUUCAUAUCGUGAAGCUUUCAUAUCCUGGGUUUCUGCAAGACGUUUUGGAGCACUUCUGCUGAUAAAUGUUGUUCUACCAUUAAGGAGCUGAACCAGGUUUUCAGCGCACCCAUUCUGCUCAGGAGAGACAGAUGUUUAAUGUUCCCUGACAUUUAAGUCACAGAGCAACUGAUUCCUAUUAAUAUAAAAAUGUUUGCAAACUUUCUCUUUUUCCUUUUUUUUAAAAAUUCUGUGGGUAGUAAAUGUAUCCUCUGUUAUGGUACUCAGCAGUUUUAAGGAGUUUGUGCUCUCUAGCAGAUAAUCUUCUUAAACAUCUCAGACUUAGAUUUGAGUGAACAAAAUGAGAUCCUCAUCCAGAGUCCCAUCGGUCAUUUAAUGGGAUGAGCUAUGAACAUUGUCGAGGCUUCCAAACCAAACAUUGUCAGACCAAAGGAAACAUAGGAAGCAUUCUGUAUUUGGCUUACAUGUGAAACAGCAGUAAGCUAAUGAAGGAAUAUGUGGGUACAGCUCUCCGUGCUGAAGGUUGCCAGAAGUCUGUCAGUGUGUCAUUUGUACCUUGAGCGUCCAAGGUAAGGAGGAGCGUGGGAGCAUCACGAACAGCAAACAGUUGGGUGAGCUCCUCUGCUUAGGGGCUGUAUUCUAGCUUGUGAUCUUUAAAGAUGUACAGAAAUGUGCCACGUUUUUAAAAAGCAGUAGGAUAUGCUGCAUUUAGUUUGAUAACCAUUUUUGGUGUCAGGGGACCCAAAGCAUUGAGGUUCACUAACCGAUCUCACUGAAACAUCAAUAAGAUGUAGAAUUUUGUACUCUAACGUUUUCUUCCUCUUGUCAUGCCUUGCCAAUAGCAUUCUGGCUGAUUAUUUAUCCUCCUUGCAUUUCUACCAGUUUCUGGAGGAUUUUUCUAUUUUUUUCACUGUUUCCUACAGUGCUUCUGAAAUCCUACAACAGAUAGGAGUAAAGAAGCUGUGUGAGUAAGGAGAUUAAUUAGGAGCUAAUGUUGAGCAGGUAAACGUGUUAAACUGUACUUUUUGUCUAUUUUUUGAUAAUAAAUUUUCGCAUUGUGAAAUACCAGACCUCAUGCGGGAGGACUCCUUUCUUAAAUAAAAUAUUAUAUUUGGAGCAUCCUUGAAAGUAGCAACCUCAAAUUUCGUUUCUUCAUCACCAUCCAGUGCUUCUGGAGGAGCACGCUGCAAGUGCAGGAAUGUGGCUGGCUGGCUGCUCUCCCUGUCUUCCAAUAUGAAGCAAUAUCUGAGAAGGACAGCUCCACUUUGCUACCCCGGACCGUAACACGAGGAGCGUCUCACCUCAAUGCCUGAUCAAAUUGCCAAAUACCUUCUCACCCUGACUUCUGUUCAAAAUGAAACUUUCCGGUCACUACAGUGAGGUCUUGCCUGAAGACGUCAGCACGUUAGCAUUCUGAAACCUCCAAAAAUCACUUUUGUGCUGCUGUGUUUUGCUUGCUGUUCUUGUUAUCCUGGUGUAUUUGCCAGUGGAUUGACAAAAUAUGUUCAUGUGUUAGCAGAUUGGGUCCUUUCCUUACUGCAUCACGUAGCAGUGCAGAACCAGAAUGCAGGCAAACACGGGCAUUUUUGUCAGACAAGGCACAGUGCCUACCUCUGCUCAGGGCAGGCCUGCAUUUGCCACUGUUGAGAGGGCAUGUAUUUAACCAGCGAGGAGUGGGGCAGUGUCUGAGCUGGAAGGGGUCCUGCAGGGCGGUGAUGUCCCAUCAACACGUUGUGAGCUGGUCUUGCAGAGCACGGCUGCCCUUCACCCUCAGCCUGGUCAAAGCUGCAGUGGUGGCUGAGCCGCUGCUGCAGGGUGAUGGGUUGUCUUCUGGCUACCUCUGUGCUCUGGAGGUGAAAUGAAGGAUGUUCCCUGCAACUUGUUCUAGGUGCCCUACUACCAGCUGGUGCACUUCAGGGCUUCUUGCUCCUGCCACAGCGUUGAUGGGAGGGGGUCUGUUGCCUGGAUCUCCUUCCUCAGACGGAGACUGGCCAAGAGAUCACUGGAAGGCUUUGGGAUUCUGCAAGUAUCCCCGCUUUUGCGCAGAAAUUAUUCAGAUUUUUUUCAGCUGGAUCAUAUCCCUGAUGGGAGUCCCCUCCUGGCAGUGGACCAAGAAUAAGUGGCUGGGUAACGGUGGGAUUAUUUUUGGUAACAGUACUUGAAUGCCCAUGCAUGACCUUCCUGAUUUACAGCAGGAGGCGGCUCAGAUACCGGAGCCUACAAGGCUGAAGGCUGGCGUGGUAGCUUUAUGAAAUCUAUGAAUGCUGAGGAGACUAAACUGUUGUGUGAUAUGAUAGCGCAAUUCAUGUCUUGAGUAGACAUUGGUGUAGUUAAACAGAUUUAAAUAAAGCAUAAAACAGUCUAAUUUAAA